UUUGACAGCCCAGAUUAUCAUUAAACGCGUGCGCAUUGAGAGGAAAGCAGCAACACUUUCUCCCGCAGUCUCAGCAGAGGGUUCAAUGGCUAAAUUAAAGUCCUGUCUGUUGAGCUGCUGUAUCCUGGCGUGCGUGGUUUGCACCGUGGUUGUGCUCUGCGGGUGGAUCGCGUCACGGGUGGAGACCACAUGUCCCAGCGGCUGCUUCAGGCGCGCGGCCGUGUCUGCUGACUCGCAGCGCUGCUCUGACAUUGGCAGGCGCAUGCUGCAGCAGGGCGGGUCGGCAGUAGAUGGCACCAUUGCAGCUCUUCUGUGCACGUCCUUGGUCAAUCCUCAGAGCAUGGGGAUCGGAGGAGGGUCUAUAGUCACUAUAAGAAAUAAAACAGGCAGCGUUAAGGUCUACAACUUCAGAGAGACGGUCCCGCAUUCAUUCAAAAAAGACCUGUUGAAAGACUGUCCCAAUAAAUUCGAACCUUCCACAGGCAGCCAGUGGAUCGGCGUGCCCGGAGAGCUGCGGGGCUACGAGGCCAUUCACAAAAAGUACGGGAAGCUGCCCUGGGCCAAGCUGUUCGAGCCCACAAUCAGACUGGCCAGAGAGGGAUUCCCUUUGCCGCAGUAUCUGGGAAAACUCCUGAAUAUCCCUUUGGUGAAACACAUCGUGGAAAACUCAUCUCUCUGUUUUGAUCAAGUUAUGUGCAACGAGAAGAAAACUGUUCUGAGCCAUGGAGACACCCUGAAGUUUUCUAAACUAGCUGAAACCAUGGAAACCGUAGCGGUGGAGGGGGCAGAUGCCUUCUACACUGGCCAGAUAGGAAAAGACUUAAUCCAAGACAUAAAAGACGAAGAUGGGACGUUAACAAUGGAGGAUCUAAAGUCGUUCAAGGUGCGGGAGGAGGAUGCAUGGACGGUGCCUUUAGGAAAUACUAAAAUGCACAUCCCGCCACCGCCUGCUGGGGGCGCCAUGCUUGGCUUCGUUCUCAGACUCAUGAAAGAGUUUUCCUUGACUCCAAACUACUUGAAAGGUGAAAAAAAGAUUCAGAUGUACCAUCUUUACAUAGAGGCACUUAAAUUCGCUAACGGACAAAAGAGGAACAUCAGAGAUCCUGACUUUAAUGACAAAAAGAGUGCAGAUCAUCUGAAUGAUCCCUCCUUCAUUACUCACAUCAGAGAGAUGAUCUCAAACCGAACCCAUGAGAAAUCCUACUACUACAAAGUCCCGCCGCCUCCCGAUCAAGUCGGGACAACACACGUGUCCGUCAUGGAUGAAGACGGCCUGGUCGUCUCGGCCACCAGCACCAUAAACCAAUUAUUCGGAGGAGGCUUUUACUCCCCACGGACGGGCAUCAUCCUCAACAAUGAGCUGGCCGACUUCUGUGGGCGAGCAGACUCAAUGAGGGCAGGUGAACAGCCUCCCUCCUCGAUGACUCCAGUGAUACUGGAGUCAGAGUCUGGAGGACUCCUCGUGAUUGGUGGAUCAGGAGGAAGCAUGAUCCUCUCAGCGGUUGCCUCGUCUUUAAUAAAUCACCUGUGGCUGGGGAUGAGUCUGGAAGACGCCAUCACUGCUCCCAUCGUGUAUGUUGAUGCGAAUAACAAUGUGAACUUUGAGCCUGGUUUUGAUAAGACUGUGAGCGAUGGCCUCAUGGGUCUUGGACACCAAGUUGGAACCUGGGAAUACUUCCUCAAUGUAGUCAAUGCUUUGGAGAAAGACAAAGACUGCAUUGUAGCUGUAUCAGACAAAAGAAAGUUUGGAGUGUCGUCUGGAUACUGACAAGCGAGACGCUGAGGACGCAACGUCAUCCCACAAAAAUCCGCCCUGAAGACUGACUGAACCUUAAGCCUUAAGAGCAAUGAAUGUGCCGCAUCCCUGAUGACAGAAUGUGAACAACAGGACGCAGGUAAUCUCAAAGGAUAUUUGCAGUUUAUCAUAACUCCAUCUUUUCUAUCAAACUAGUCAGCAGUGUACCCUCCAAAUUAAUCACAGAGAUCCUGGGAAUCUGCAACACGCCUUAAGAAAAAGUUAGAGACGGAAAAAUGAUCAGUUUAUCUUUUCAGUUGUAAUCCAACUUUACGACACAUUUCAUUCCUCGUCAGAUGUUCCCAGAUCUCAGCAAUUGACUUAGUGAGUUUGAGUUGAAGAAACAACGCCGUAACCAAAACUAGUCGUGACAAACUGUAGCUAUCCUUUGAGCUGAUUGGACCACUCAGAUUUUCAGUACAGCAAAUGAACACACCUCUAAAAUGACGAACAUGAAACAACUCCUGUUGAGAUCUGCUUUUAUAAAGUGAAGGACUACGCCCUCCUGACUGUAGCGUGUGCUCCAAUGAGUAAUAAUAGCAGAUCUACAGUACAGAACGACAAAGCCAACCCCGCGGCUGUGUAAUACCAAGUCUGUAAACACCAGUGAAAAUUUGAUGUCGAUGAGACGGAUGUGUGAGUGGAAGGCUGUCGAAGGACGUCAGCUCCAACUUUGACUGUGACCUUUUCUAUGAAUGUGAAACCGCUUUAUUCAGGUCCUGCAGCACCUUUUGAUCUUCCUUUAAACAAGGAGGAAACGCUGUAGAAUUUCCUUUUUCGAAAAAAAACUGAGCAGAUUCUUAAGGAAGAAAAUCCUUAUACUUAUUUUUUUACUCUGUUUUCUAUUUUUUUAACAUGUUUUGUAAAAUUAUUUCACAUUUGUGCUACAAUUCUUAACCGGGAAAUAUGUUUUGUCACAAUAAAUAAAUCCCAAAACAAAA